AGUCCAAAGCGUUCUACUAGUUUCUUUCCCCUGUCUACAAUACACACGUACCUUUUCAAAACGAAUAACUCUUUUUCGAUGUUAAUGUGAUAGGUAUGCAGAAAACUGAACAGUCUUUACAGAUCCAACUGAGAGAAAAUGUUUUCUACUAGUACACAGAAAAAACAUUGGACAUUUACAGGCGAAACACAGAUAACACAAAAUAAAAGAGAUACUAAUUAUAAAUAUGUAAAUAAACAUGGUGGAGCUAAUCUUGAUGAUGAAACAAAAGAGAAGAAAUACUUAACAUUUACUGAAGAGAGGAUCCUUGGUCGACAUUUUGAGCAUGUACUCCGUGAAUUUUGUAAUGUCUUCCAACCUCCUAUGCCAAAAUAUGUAAUGGGUACAGCUAUGUGUUAUUUUAAGAGGUUUUAUGUGAAGCAUUCUGUGAUGGACUAUCAUCCUAAAGAUAUCAUGUUGACAUGUGUUUAUUUAGCCAGUAAAGUGGAGGAAUUUAAUGUUUCUAUCACACAGUUUGUAGGAAAUUUAAAAGGAGAUAGAGACAAGUUUACCAAUAUAAUUCUAAGUUUUGAACUUAUGUUAAUGAAGAAAUUACAUUACCAUUUAACUGUACAUAACCCAUAUAGACCUCUGGAAGGUCUUAUCAUAGACCUCAAGACUAGGUAUAAAUCUAUAGAAAAAAGUCGUAUAGAUAAGAUACGCAAACUUGCUGAGGAUUUCUUAGACAAGUCCUUAGCCAGUAAUGUCAGCUUGGUAUUUGCUCCAUCACAGAUUGCAUUGGCAGCCAUCUUAAGCAGUGCAGAAAAUGACAAAGUCAGUUUGGAUAGUUACAUGUCUGAUGUGUUGUUGGCCGGAGCUGCACCUGAAGAUGUCAAGAAAACAGUUUACCAGAUAAAACGUAUAAGAUAUAUGGUCAGUACACAGGAACCUGUUCAGAAAGAUAUGGUUGGACCAAUACAGAGGAAGUUAGAACAGUGUAGAAACCAGGAAAAUAAUCCGGACAGUGAAAUUUAUAAAAGAAAGCUGCAGGAAAUGUUAGAUGAUGAAGAUGAGAUACAAUCACAGAAAAGAAUGAAAAUUGAAGAAGAAGAAAAGAAGGCAGAACAGGAAUUAGUUUUAGGUGUGAUAUGAUGACCACAUGUUAUGAUUCAGACAGACUUUAACUGUGACAGGUGCUCAACAGAUCUAAGCAGAUAUCCAGUGUGAUUGCUUGAUCAAAUGAUAAUAAUUGACAGUCUAAAUAAAAAACUUUAAAAAGAAAAUGUUUCUUUAUAAUUCUGGAAAUGCAAAUGACCAUUUAUUUUAUGUGACCAUUCUGAAUUAAAAUAAAUGUAUUUCAUUUCUUAAAAAUGUCAUUUAAAA